AUGGGGACACACGUCCGGCACGGUCAAGCCUUUCCCUCUGAAAAGAGGGGGCCAGACAACCCUAGGCCACCUGCCCCUGCUCUCACACGGAUGAUUCGGGCCUGCAUCUUAAGCCCCAAAUUCAUCCGCUUCACCCAGGUGGUCUCUGAGAGGACGGCUUCAGUCCGGGGCUUGUGGACUCCAAUUCUACACAGUAGAGGGAAAGCCCUGAGCCCUGUAGCUAAAGAAGGGACCCUCGGGGGGGACUGUAGGGUCUCCACACCCCAGAACGGCGGCCACACGAAACCCCCACCCCCUGUGACUUGGCCUCAGAGCAUCCGGGCAGGGCUGUCUGGCUGCGCCCCAGGGCUUACUCUCACUUCCUCCUCAGGGGACUCAGGGAACAGGCUGACCAGAACAGGAGACUUGUGGAUCCUAGAGCAGUGGACUCAAGCCUCCCCUAAGAAGCAGGCUUGGUUUAAGCCGGGGAUGACUCUCCCUGGUGAAGGUGCUCACAGCAUUUCUUUGUCCUUCCUUAAGGUGCCCUCCUUGCCUGCCUUCCUAACUGCACGCUGCCUGAGGUCCCUGACCUCUGUCAUCAUGCCUCGGAAGCACAAAAACAAGUCUCAUGGCCACGGGAAACGCCACCAGGUCCAGGGGGAAGCUCAGGAGCCCCAGGCCAGUGCUGCUGCAGCCCCAGGAGAGGAGCGCCCCUCCUCCCCCUCUUCUGUCCCUCAGGGUUCUCCCCCGAGCUCCCCUGCUUCUGGCGAUCCCCAGGAGCUUCAGGGAGCCAUGGCCCCUAGCUGUCCUGAUGCAGGGCCUACCUGCGCAGGAUCUGAUGAAGGUGCCCAGGGCCCAGAGGAGGAAAGUGCAGAUGCCGCCCAGUCAGCCCUGGUCGUUCGGAGCUUUCGCAGAGAUCCUCUGAACAGGAAGGCCAGCAUGCUGGUGGAGUUCCUGCUGGAGAAGUACAACAAGAAGGAGCCCAUCACGCAGAACGCCCUGAUGAAGGUCAUCAGCAGCAAGUACAAGGAGCGCUUCCCUGAGAUCCUGAGGAGAGCCUCUGAGCGCGUGGAGCUGGUGUUUGGCCUGGAGCUGAAGGAAGUCGACCGCAGCAGGAACAUCUACACCCUCAUCAACAAGUUCAGUCUCGGGGUAGAGGAAGGUUCACGUGGUGAGCGGGGGAUGCCCAAGUCUGGUCUCCUCAUGGCACUCCUGGGCAUCAUCUUUAUGAAGGGUAACUGUGCAACCGAGGAGGAGGUCUGGGAUUUCCUCAAUGUGUUGGGGAUCUAUGAUGGGAGGAAUCACUCCAUCUUUGGGGAGCCCAGAAAGCUCAUCACCAAAGAUCUGGUGGAGAAGGGGUACCUAAUCUACCGCCGGGUGCCCAAAAGUGGUCCUCCGAGCUACGAGUUCCUGUGGGGCCCAAGAGCUCAUGCUGAGACCAGUAAGAUGAAGGUGUUGGAAGUUCUGGCCAAGAUCCAGGAUACGGUCCCGAGUUCCUUCCCAGACCUCUUUCAUGAGGCUCUGAGAGAUCAGGUGGAGAGAGCAGGGCUGAGAGGCGCUUCCAUUCCUCCAGCUAUGGCUAAGGCCAGUGCCCCUUCCAGGGCCAAGUCCUGCAGCUCCUCCCACAUCUAGGGAGGGGGGCAGGGCACUUUGUGCCCUUUCUGUCUGAAGAGAACAGUCCACCUCUUCAAUAGUGCAGGGUAGUUUGGGUGGAAGGAACAAAACCCAUAAGUUGUUCACAGUUCUAAGUAGUAUGGGAGUUUAGGUGCAGUUUUAACAAAAUGUGUACGUUUUCCUUUUAUCCAUAUGAAUUAUAUGUAGUCAAAAAUAGAUGAUCUAGGUAGGUAGGUAGAGGUGUUUUAUAUUUUUAAAUGUUACUACUCUUCAUAACCUUUAUUGUGCUACAGAAUCUAGGUUUAUUAAUGUCAUGGAUGUCAUGUUUACUGCUGUUAGGUUUAUGAUUAGGAGUUCGU